GAAACAAAACUUUGUUGCCGAUUACUUUUUUUUCACCUGAAGCUUUGAAGAUGCCGACCAGUGUGAAGAACAAACACGAUAAUACAGCUUUGUUGUUGCUAUCUGCAGUUAGCAUGGCGCUCAUUACCAUCGUCAGUGUGUGGAAGUUAAGACAGUUUAAAUAUAAAGCUGUGCAUGAAACUGGAGGUGCAAUGUUUAUUGGUGUGCUCGUGGGGCUGACGGUGAGAUACUCGUCAUCUGCUUCAGGACAUCGUGUGGUCGGUACGGACGCCGUGUGCAGUUGCGGCGGUUUCAACAGCACUCCACACUUCUUGACCGUCAACAUCACGUCACACGUCCACUGUUUUAGACACGCUGGGAAGCUCGACCAAAGUUGCCCAUUAGUCCCUGCCCCUCAAAUGGUGACCUUUGACCCCGAGGUCCUUUUCAAUCUGUUCCUGCCGCCCAUCAUCUUCCACGGAGCGUACACCCUUAAUCAGAGAAGAUUCACCAAAAAUCUUGGAUCCAUCGUGACCUUUGCUUUUGUGGGCACCAUCAUCAGCUGCGUAACCAUCGGGGCCUGCGUCUUUGGAUUCACCAGACUGAUGGUGCUGUUCGGCCGGGCAGCAGAUGCAGACUUCCUCCUCGCUGACUGCCUGCUGUUUGGUGCAAUCAUGUCAGCCACUGACCCAGUUUCAGUCCUUUGCCUGUUGUCGGAGCUGCAUGUGGACCCGGAUUUGCACACCCUGCUGUUCGGUGAGAGCGUCUUGAAUGACGCCGUCGCCAUAAUCUUGACACAUGCGAUCACCGUCUACAGCCAAGCGGGUGCAGGGCAACUCUUCAACCCCCUCGCCGUACUCCUCUCUGUGGGUCAUUUUCUCGGGGUGCUUGCCGGCUCCUUCCUCCUGGGUUUUAUGUUUGCAGUCAUAACAGCCCUCAUAUCCAAAUUCACCCGGCUGUGUGAGACUCCACUGGUGGAAACAUCAGUAUUCUUCCUGCUAUCUUGGAGCAGCUUCCUCUCUGCUGAAGCCUGUGGACUUUCAGGUAUUGUUGCAGUGAUGUUUUGUGGCUUGUGCCAGGCGAGGUACACAGUUCAUAAUUUAUCCACUGAAAGCAAAACCCGGACCAAGCAGCUCUUUGAAGUCCUCAACAUCCUGGGGGAGAUUUCCAUCUUCAGCUACAUGGGAUAUGUAUUGUUGACGUUCCCUCACCAUGUCUUCAAAGCCCUCUUUAUAUCCGGGGCAUUUCUCUCCAUCUUUAUAUCAAGAGCCUGCAACAUCUACCCUCUGUCAUUCCUCCUGAACCUGAGACGCUCCACCAAGAUCCCUCGCUCCUUCCAACAUUUCAUGAUGUUUGCAGGUUUAAGGGGGGCUGUAGCAUUCAGCCUUACUGCAAGAGACACAUCCACAGAAAGGGGACGCACCAUCUUUACCACCACCCUGCUGCUGGUGGGCUUCACCGUCUGGGUUCUGGGCGCCGCUUCAGACCCCGCGCUGCGUUUUCUAAACAUCAGAGCGAGGGAGGAGGAGGAGGGCAAUCCAGAGGACCUUUCUUUUGAGGUCGCAUCAGGGAGGCCAGACACAACACGGGGCCUGUGGCACCGCCUGGACUACAAAUAUCUAAAGCCUCUGCUGACGCAUUACGGCCCCUCUCUGUCCGACUCUCUGCCACAGUGCUGCGGAGUCACUGCCAGACUCUUCAGGAGCCCGAACAUCCAGGAGGAUGAGGAGCAGCUGUGUGAAACUGAACCGGAUGACUGCGGCUGUGAUUUGGAGGAAACAGAGCGCCAGGUCGGGUCCAUAGGUGGCGACAAUUCAUCGGAGCACCAGGAGGACCUGCUGGAGGGAGACCUGGGCCUCGGCACCGCUGCGGGGCCCCCCCUCCAGGGAGAGCUGAAGCUCCAGAAGUCACGUCUAACCCCCCCAGCUUUAUCGGCCCUCUGCCUCAGCCCUGAGGCUACGGCCCCUGCCUCCCCACAGUGAAUAGGGGUCACUGGUCCGGGGCAUCUGAGAGGAGCCGACCGGGAGUCAGAGUUACAGAAAGCUUCAUGAAAGGUCAUGCAACCCCCCUCGUGCUGACAUUCAUGCAGAGACGCGCUCGCAGAGGGGAGGGGGGGGGAAAAGUUACAAAAGGCUUUUACUCUUUCUGUUCCUCUGCUGAUGAUUACUGUUGGCUUGUUCUGCUUAAGUCUCGAGGAAUUUAGUAGCUGAGAAACAACGCUUUCUAAUGUCUACCAAGAGGAGGCUCGAUCUGACCUCUGAGUGCACUUUUCAAACGGAAAGCAAAACCAAAAUGUUCCUUUUCUCAUAAAAAAAAUGAUUAUUGGAAGUGACACAUUGAUCCCUAGAGGAGUAGCUUCAUGCUGCAAAAGCCUCAGCAAAUCACAGCAGACGCUAUCUAUUAAGAGGAAAAUCUAUUUUAAAGAGCCUGUAACUUUAACACUUUUUACUUUCUUUUCAACACAUUAUUAUUGUUUUAUUUCCCUUUUGAAUCUGCAUCUCUGACAUCUUUAAAGAUAUUGCUGCAAAAUGUUUUGUGGUAUUUAGAAUCAGAACAAAUGUUUUUUUGCAGGAUUGUGCACAAAUUUGACCGUGCAAAUGUUCUCAGACAGGUGUCUUCUUAAUUAUGUGUAAUAACUGUAGUGCAUGUCAUAAUCUCCUCCGUCCAGAUGUUCUGCUGAAAGGUGGAUUCUUGAAGAAGCUUCAGCUGGAUUUCAGGCCGCUUUGUAUUUUAGGUAAACAAACUGUUUUUUGAAGGAAACUUGAAAAAUCGUCUUCCUCUGACUGAAAAAAUCACUUUAUGAGUGUCAGCCAUCAACAGUGUUCUGAUCCCUAGAGGAGUAGCUUCAUGCUGCUUGGUGGCUUCAGGUUUGAAGGAGAUUUACUCACAUUGACUGUGACUAAAAGCGUCACCAUUUCCAGUCAUUAGCUGAAAUUGUAUUUUUUUUUGCCGACUUUGUUUGCUCGCCACCGACUUCUCAUUAAACUUUUAUUGCGCUGUU